AUGGCAGCCAUGAUGAAGAAGAAGAGCUUGCACACAACACCACCUGAUGGUGGUUGGGGGUGGAUGAUUGUGAUUGGCUGCUUUCUUGUCACAGUUUGCACAAGGGCUGUUACAAGGUGUAUCUCAAUAUUCUUUGUUGAAUUCCAAUUAUAUUUUGGUCAAGAUUAUUCAAGAACGGCUUGGAUACAUUCCAUUGUUGAUUGUGCCACUAUGUUAUGUGCCCCUCUCGGAAGUUAUGUGAGCAACCAUGUCUCUUGUCAAGUGGGAAUCAUACUCGGUGGAAUUCUUGCAUCCACAGGACUUGUCCUGAGUUCCUUUGCUACAAGCCUAGAGUAUCUCUACCUCACACUAGGAGUCCUUACAGGCUUGGGAUUUGCACUUUGCUAUAGCCCUGCAAUUGCCAUGGUGGGAAAGUACUUUGACAAGAGAAAAGCCUUGGCUUAUGGAAUCGCUAUGUCAGGCAGUGGCAUCGGCACCUUUAUCUUAGCUCCGGUGGUUCAGAUGCUAAUUGAACAAUUUUCCUGGAGAGGGGCUCUGCUCAUCCUCGGUGGUUUUGUGGCCAAUCUCUGUGUCUGUGGUGCUUUAAUGAGACCGAUAAACCUAAGGGAGGACUUUGCACACUCUUCGCUAAAGCAGGAGCACAGUCCAAAUGAAUCAAAUAGCAGUACAAACCCGUCCACCAAAUGCUCACCUCUGAGCCAGGACUGCAGUCACAAGAGCCUCUGUUACUGCUCCCAGAAGGAGUACAGCUUCCUCCUAAAGCCUAACUUCAUUGUACUGGCUGUGUCCUUCCUCUUCCUAGCCUAUGGAUGUAGCCCUCCAUUUGUCUACCUUGUGCCUUAUGCGCUAAGUGUUGGAGUUAGCAACCAACAAGCGGCCUUUCUAAUGUCAAUACUUGGCGUCAUAGACAUUGUUGGGAAUAUCACUUUUGGAUGGCUGACAGACAGAAGGGUCCUGAAAAAACACAGAUAUGCCUGCUACAUUAUAGCUGUGGCGCUGGAUGGCCUUAGCUGUCUCUUUCUGCCAAUUCUUAAUUGCUUCCAGUCGCUUAUACCAUUUUCUGUUACAUUUGGUUACUUUGAUGGCGCAUAUGUGGCUCUGAUUCCUGUGGUGACUGGAGAUGUAGUUGGAACAACUCACUUAUCGUCUGCUCUUGGAGUGGUAUUCUUUCUCCAUGCAGUGCCUUAUUUAGUGAGCCCUCCUAUAUCAGGUUGGUUGGUAGACACCACAGGAAACUAUACAGCAGCAUUCCUUUUAAGUGGAUUUUCUAUGAUAUUUUGUGCUGUUUUAUUAGUUUUUGUCAAGUUAAUAAAGAGGAUAAAAUCCAAAGGAUUUAUACAGUCAGUGCCAACCUCUGAAACUAAGCAAGAAAUCUGCACUAAUGGAGACCUAUCCUGUCCAGCCACAGAGGAGCAUAAAGAGGUGUAA